GAGACCUCUUCCGAGGAAAGCCUGGGCACGGUCGUGCUGGCGGCAGGAGAAGCCGAAGCACCAAUGCCACCGCUGCCGCCGCUGCUGCUCAGUUUCAACAUCUACUUCCCCAGGGUUCUGAAGCAGGUUCUCCAGGGCCUGAGCCUCUCGCAGAAGGCCCUGAGCAUCAUAGGUUCAGUUGUUAAGGACAUCUUUGAGCGCAUCGCUGAUGAGGCCUCUCGCCUGGCCGGCUCCACCAAGUGCUCCACCAUCACCUCCAGGGAGAUCCAGACCGCCGUGCGGCUGCUGCUGCUGCCCAAGGAGAUUGGCAAGCAUGCUGUGUCUGAGGCCUCCAAGGCUAUCAUGAGGUACACCUUUAGCAAGUGA